AUGUCAAACAUUGUAUUUGGUGAAUGCAAAUGUGACCACUUUAAAUAAAUAUACCACUUGUUGCUCGCGAACAGUACAAUAAAAAUCAACAACAUUAACGACGACGACGACGAACAAUCAAUAUCGGCAGAUUAUCGAUCAUUCCAUUUGAUCCAUCCAAUUUUUCUCAUUUUCUUUUUUUUUAAAGUCUUGGUCAAAGUCAACAAGUUGUAAAUUCGAAUGAAAUCAAUUUCUUUCCAAAUGAAUCAAUUAUAAUUCUGUGAACACAUUCUCAUAAAUAAUCCAAAACAAAUAUAAUAUAAAUGAAGAUGACUACAUUCACAACAAAAAAUCAAUCAAGAAAACGAUGGUAUCGAUUAAUCGGAGCCGCUAUCGUUAUAAUCAUUCUAGUCACGUUAAUCAUACUAUCUCGGCGUGAUCGUAAUAAUGUGUCAAAUACAAAUGCUUCAUCAUCAUUAUCAACAUCAUCAAUAUUCUCAAAUAGUCAACGUGAUCCAUCCAGGAGUAAAACAGACGGCAAACGUCGUCAAUAUUAUAGUGAUGAGAUGAUUGAAUAUGAACCUUUGAUUCAAUUGCCGGGCAUUCAUAUCAAAGGUCAAGUUCGUACUGUUGCCAAUGGUAAAUUAGUAGCCAGUUAUCUAUCUAUUCCAUAUGCUGAACCUCCAGUGGAUCAUCAACGUCUAUUCAGACCUCCUCAAUUAAAACAAUUCAAUAAAUAAUAAAAUUCAACAUUGGAAGCAUUUUAUCAACCAAUCAAAUGUUAUCAGAGUACUUUUGUACUAAGUAUCACUGAAGUUAAAGGCUUGGGUGAUGAAACUAAAGAAGAUUGCCUAUUUCUAAAUAUAUGGACACCGUUUAAAGAAGAUGGCCAAAAUAAUAAAACGGCCAAAAUGACUGGCAGGCCAGUUAUGGUCUUCAUUCACGGUGGCAUUUUUCAAUUUGGUGGUAUUGGAUCACCAGAAUUAGAUCCUUCGCUGUUGGUGGCCGAAAAGGAUAUUAUUGUGAUUACUAUGCAAUAUCGAUUGGGAGUAUUUGGAUUCGGAUCAUCCGUUGCCGAUGAAAAUAAUGACAAUUUUCGAAGCCUUGGACUACAAGAUCAGGCUAAAGCAUUGGAAUGGAUACACAAAUAUAUCAGAUCAUUCGGUGGUGAUUCAAAUCAAGUUACCGUUGUUGGUCAUGGUGCUGGCGCUAUAUCACUUGGAUUCCAUUUGAUGAAUAAAGAUACAAAUAAAUAUUUUAAACGAGCAGUUCUUCAAGGAGUUCAAGGAAUCUGGAACAUUGGUAUUUACGGCAUGAAUACUAAAAGUGUUCCAUUUUUGAUGGAAGAUUCUAAUUGUGAUGAUGAAACUGUUUCGGCACGCGAUAUACGAGCGUGUAUGGAAAAAAGUCGUAUACAAUCGAUCGUAUUCAUGGAAGGUCAACAAUAUUUGAUUGAUAAAUUUGCCAUUCCAUUUGUGCCAGAUUAUAAUCCAUUAACAAAACAGAUAUGGGACCAGGCUAAGAAUAUGGUGUCCGAAUCACGUUUUAAUGACUCAUUAUUGGAAAUAAUGUUCAACAAAUGGAACAUUUACUCUCCCGAUCAUGACGAAGAAGAAACCGAAGAAUCGAAUAACAAUAGUGCUGUUGAUGAAGAAGAAGAUGAUGAAAAGAAGCCAUCGAACGAUACAAUUGAUGAUGCAAAAAACAAUAACAAAGAUGAUGGAGAUGAUAAUGAUAGUAAAGACGAAGAAGACGAUGAAACAAGCGAUACAAGUGAUAACAAUGAGAACAAAGAAAUGGACAACAAUUCAUCAUCAUCAACAACAACUACGGCUUCAAAGGCAGUGGCAGAGUCCAAUUCAAAAAUCGAUAAUAACAAGGAUGAAGCUGAAGAAAGCAAUGAUGGUGAUUAUGAAACCGAGGAAGAAGAAGAAGAAGAAAGACGUCGGCGUCGAAGUCUUAAACGUAAACAACGACAAACAUUGGAACCAUCGAAAUUAGAUAAAGAUGAAAUGGUUAAAUUAUGUCGACUAGUCAAAAUGUAUCAUGUACAACAGGAACAAAAUAGCCCUAAAGGGGUUAGCUCACAGGUUUCAAUUUAUCGUGUUGAUCCAAAAGUUUUAGUCAACCUUCUGGAAGAGAUAAGCAUUGCAUUCGGUUCUAAAACUAAUCAUUGGCUAAAAGGAUUGGAAAAAUAUACAAUGAAUAUCUGGGGAUCUUUUGCCACUAAUGGCUUGGCCGGCUUAAGAAUGUCUGAAUCGGAACUAUCAACAUAUGAUUCAAAAAUCGGCUCAACAAAUGGACCGGUAAAUCUUAUUAACGUUGGACAAGCUAAAGAUGAUGAAAAUGAUGGACAGAUUUCUAUUCGAACAUUCGAUUGGAAACAAUUGUGUCCGGUACAAAUGUAUUAAGAAUAAUAAUCAGAUUAAUAUACCAAGUAGUAUGAUAGAUAUCAUUAUCAUUUUCAUCCGGAAAAAAUUGAACUGAAAUCAUAACAUUUGCUCACAUGUAUCCUGGUCAUCCAUCAUUCAUUAUCAUUAUCAUCAACCUCAACUCAUCACAUUCCUAUUUUUUUUCUAAAUUCCCAAUCAAAAAUCCGUUUUUUAUCAAUUUUUUUAAUUUUAUUUUGUUUUUCUCCCGAAAAAGAUCUUCAAACAUUAUUUAUUGAAUUGUUUUUUCCUCAAAACAAACACACUCACAUACAGACACACAGACAUCAAUAGAAAGGUUAUUUUUAUUUUAAAAAAUAAAAUUUUAUUAAAUCAUUA